AUGAUGAAUUCAAUAGGUCCAAAGUUGGUACUGCAGGUAGAUUUAAAGAAGAAGCCAUGGGAACAAAAUCCACCUCUUCACAACCGGUGGCACCCGGAGAUACCUCCGGUAGCAGACGUGCGAGUUAGGGAGGUGUUCAGGGUUGAGAUGGUUGAUUUUAGUGGAGGUGGUAUAACAAAAGACUACACUGCUGAGGACAUCAAGCAUGCUGAUCAGUCUGUUGUCCAUUAUCUCAGUGGGCCAGUAAGAGUUGUAGACUUGGAUGGAAAUCCUGCUGAACCAGGUGACCUUCUUGCUGUUGAAAUAUGCAACUUGGGGCCUCUCCCUGGAGACGAAUGGGGUUUUACAGCUAUAUUUGAUAGAGAGAACGGUGGAGGAUUUCUAACAGAUCAUUUUCCACGUGCAACUAAAGCCAUUUGGUAUUUCGAAGGCAUAUAUGCCUACUCACCUCAUAUACCAGGUGUAAGAUUUCCCGGUUUAGUUCAUCCUGGAAUAAUUGGAACAGCGCCUUCAAAAGAACUUCUCAAUAUCUGGAAUGAGAGGGAAAGAAAGCUUGAAGAAACGGGUCCCCAAACUCUCAAAUUAUGUGAAGUCUUGCAUUCAAGACCAUUGGCUAACCUACCUUCAACAAAAGGGUGCAUUCUUGGCAAGAUUCAAGAUGGAACUCAUGAAUGGAAUAGAAUUGCCAAUGAGGCCGCAAGAACAAUACCUGGACGUGAAAAUGGAGGAAAUUGUGACAUCAAAAAUCUCAGCAGAGGUUCAAAAAUAUACCUUCCAGUAUUUGUAGAAGGAGCAAACCUCAGUACUGGUGAUAUGCAUUUUUCUCAAGGUGAUGGUGAAGUAUCAUUUUGUGGGGCAAUCGAGAUGAGUGGCUUUCUUGAACUCAAGUGUGAAAUUAUAAGAAACGGAAUGAAAGAAUAUCUCACUCCGAUGGGACCCACACCACUACAUGUAAACCCAAUAUUUGAGAUAGGGCCCAUGGAGCCAAGAUUCUCAGAGUGGUUGGUGUUUGAGGGCAUCAGUGUAGAUGAAAGUGGACAACAGCACUAUCUUGAUGCCAGUGUUGCAUACAAGCGUGCAGUACUAAAUGCAAUUGAUUACCUCUCAAAAUUUGGCUACACAAAGGAACAGGUUUAUCUUCUACUUUCGUGCUGUCCCUGUGAAGGAAGGAUUUCAGGAAUUGUUGAUGCCCCUAAUGCUGUUGCCACCCUUGCCAUUCCAACUGCUAUUUUUGACCAGCAUCAAAAUCAGCUAUUAUCACAUGACCAGGAUGGAAAUUCCUUGUUAAGUGUCAAUGAAACCACAUCAGGAUAUUCGCCCAAAGGUCAAUAAAGUGCCUAUUGGGCCAAGACUAGUGAGGAAUCCAGUAAUUCCGCAAUGUACUUAUGAUGGAAGCCUGCCAAUCACCAAAAAUCCCUUGCUUGAUCAACAAGGGAGCAGCUGCAACAUGGAUGCUCGUUCUUGAGCAGGGGAUAUGCAUGUACCGGCACAGCUACUGCUGAAAGAUAUGACCAAGUUGAAAGAAGCAAAACUGAGAUGCAUGUAGUCUAACUAGACCUCCUAAGCAUCUAAAGAUGUAAACAUGUUCCGGAAAAUGUAAAUAGCUCAGUAUCACCUGUGAGACCAUAAAUCGUUUUGGAAUCGUAACAUGGAAAACUUCAUACUA